UUUAUGUCAACCUCAUACAACUGUGACAACAUGUCAACCAGCGGCUAUCAUGUAUUUACAAUUAAUUAUCAGUUUAUUUAGUUUUCAAAUUGAUUCAAAUUAUAAUAGCUACAAUGGUUUUAUUGGACCACAAUGGACACAUGACCCAGAAUUUGAUGAUUCUAAUGAUUGGGCGAAACAUUUUGCUUUUGGACGAUGGGAUCUCCCAGGAAUCGGAAAACACUCGGAUAUACCCCAGUAUGAUUUUAUUGUAAUUGGAGCGGGCUCAGCUGGAUGUGUGGUUGCAAGAAGAUUAUCGGAAGUGAAGAAAUGGAAAGUUUUGUUACUUGAAGCAGGAAUCGAAGAACCCGCUGUUGCCGAUGUUCCAGGUCUAAACCCAUACAUUUUAAAUUCAAACAUUGAUUGGGGAUAUUCAACACAACCACAACCUCAUAUGUGUCGAGCGUUUCCGGACGGUAGAUGUAGAUGGUAUCGUGGUAAGGUAAUGGGUGGGUCAAGUACCACCAAUUACAUGCAAUACAUUCGAGGCAAUAGAAGAGACUAUGAUGAAUGGGAAGAAAUGGGUAACCAUGGUUGGAACUACGAAAAUGUUUUACAUUAUUUUAAAAAGUCUGAAGACAAUGAGGAUCCAGAAAUAGCUAAAAAUAAAUAUUACCAUGGACGAGGUGGACCGCAAACGGUUGAGUGGUUCCCUUAUAAAGAUCACAAUGUUCCAAUAAUGUUAGAUGCUUUAUUCCAUUCAGGAUAUCCACUCAUUGAUGCCAAUGCAGAAGAACAAUUAGGUGCAGUUAGAUUACAAAUGACAUCGAAACAUGGAUUACGUGCCAGUACAAAUAGUGCAUUCAUACGACCUGUUCGUAGAAAGAGACGCAAUUUAAAAGUACGGACUCAAGCACAUGUUACAAGAAUACUAAUCGAUCCUAAAACCAAGAAUGCAUUUGGUGUUGAAUUCAUGAACGAAAAUGGGGAGGUGGAAUAUGCUGUGGCUCAAAAGGAAAUUAUCCUUUCGGCCGGGUCAAUUAACUCACCACAAAUCCUUAAAGUAUCCGGAGUUGGGCCAAGAGAGGAAUUGCAAUCGCUUGAUAUUCCAGUAAUUUGUGACUUACCAGUUGGAAAAAAUUUACAUGAUCAUGCAACAUUCAGUGGUCUAGUUUUUGGCCUUACAAAUAAAUCAGCUACAUUAGCAGAUGAGAAAACUCAAGUUCAUGAUUUACACAAAUUUUUUCACAAUCAUAAAGGACCUUUAGCCGGUUCGGGGACACUUCAAGUAAGUGCUUUUUAUCAAACGCCAUACCAACAUAAUCAUGAUGUACCUGAUAUACAGUUUUCAUUUGAUGUAACGAACAUAGAAGAUUUUUAUACUGAGCCCACGUCGGAGGUUCCGUCACCAUCAUCAUACUAUAACGGUGUGAUGCUCCGCCCUGUAAUGCUAAAUCCAAACAGCCGUGGAGAAGUAUUAUUAAAUACUAGUGAUCCUAUUUUUGGGGCACCACUAAUAUAUCCGAAUUUUUUCUCAAAAGAACCCGAUUUAGAUCGAUUAAUUGAAGGUGCCAUUGAAGGUGUACGAAUUUUGAAAAAUGAAGUACUUAGUCAUAUCGGUGCUAUUAUAAAAAUUCCAUUACCUUAUUGCGAAGAAUACGAAUGGGGUACUCGUGAUUAUUGGGCAUGCGUAAUUGUUAGUUAUACAGCAACCAUUUAUCAUCCGGUUGGUACGUGUAAAAUGGGACCACAUGAUGAUCCAACAUCAGUUGUUGAUCAUGAACUACGUGUUUAUUGUGUUAAACGUCUACGUGUUAUAGACAGUUCAAUUAUGCCAAAAAUAGUAAGUGGUAAUACUAAUGCGCCGACAAUCAUGAUUGCAGAAAAAGGUAGUGAUAUGAUAAAACAUAUGUGGUUAUAA